AUGAACAGGUCAGGCAGCGAAGUUUUUCAGGAUAAAAGUAAAAAUGUUGAUCCGCAAAAACGUUUGACUGAAGACUCUGGCGUGGCGACAAAUAACGACUCGGCAACCGAGAGGACCAGUCGCAAACGCUCAGCGAGAGAGAUCGCCAAUCUCUAUGAGCAGCUCAAAAGACAAGGACUCAUCACUCACACUCACUUAAAUAUCUUUCACUUCGAAUGUCGAAAACAUAUUUUUAAAUCAGUUUAA